GGGACAUGUUGACUAAAACGGGUGGGAGUUAAGAUAGAGCGCUGACCGGGACGUUAAUAAGCGGCUAGCAGCGAGUUUGCUGUGUUAGACUUAUUUUUAAUGUUUUUGGCGUGUUUGUAGUUCAGAAUCAUGCCCGUUCAGGUUGACAUUCCGACGUUGUCGGAUCUGAGCGUCGAGGAGGUAAACGUCUCGUCAGCCGUCCUGAAGGCUGCUGCACAUCACUACGGCUCACAGUGCGACAAACCCAACAAGGAGUUCAUGCUGUGUAGGUGGGAAGAGAAGGACCCUAGGAAGUGUCUGAACGAAGGGAGGAAAGUCAACGAGUGCGCAAUUAAUUUCUUCAGGCAGAUCAAGGGGAACUGUGCCGAGUCGUUCACCGAGUACUGGACCUGUCUGGACUACACAAACCUGACCGAGCUCCGUCACUGCCGCAAGCAGCAGAAAGAGUUCGAUAACUGUGUGUUGGAGAAGCUGGGCUGGGAGAGACCAGAACUGGGAGACCUGUCCAAGGUGACUAAGGUGGCGACGUCCCGGCCCGUCCCCGAGAACCCGUACCACUCGAGACCCAGACCCGAGCCCAACCCUGUGAUGGACGCCCCGCUGGAGCCGGCCAAGCACGGCAGCCGCCUGUUUUUCUGGAGCUGGUGAAGAGCGGUUUAAUUUUCCCCACCGAAGUCCCCAUCGCUCCUCACAGACAUUUCCAGACCCAGACAGAUGGACAAUAGCAGAACAGCUUCUCCACCCUCAGCAUUGCUCUGCUGUCCUACAUGUAGAGGUGUAUUACAUAAACACAGUUAUUCAUGUGUUGUGGAUUAAAUAAGUUUCAUUCAA